AUGGCUAAUGUUCUCAGACCGCAGCCUCUCAUGAAGGACCAGUACAGCACAGAUAAUGUAGUCAAAGCUGAAGCCUCUUCGGGUCAGCUAAACCCCAUUAAAGCUUCAAGGACUCACAACGAGCUUCACAAGGAACUGCUACUGGCCCACAAGAGGGGUCUGGCGCUGAGCAGCAGGUCAGAACUCCAGCAAGUGCUGGAGAGGAGGAAGAGGGUACAGUGUGACCGGGAAGAGGAGGGACAGAGCAGGACUUCUCUAGAGGAUGUGCUACUCAGACGUCAGCUGAAACAACUUGAGAGGGAGAAGGAACAAGAAGAUAAGGUACGAGAGGAAUCCCAGUUGAUGGAGUUUGUUCGAGUCCGACAGAACCUAAGAAAGAUUCACUCUGCGAUCCAGAACAAGGCUGCAAACACCUGAAGUGCUACAGAAGUAUGCGCCCAAAUUGUGAAAUAAACUCAAGUCUAAUCUGAGUUAAUUUAUCAACAAGGUGAAUACUGAAAGACAAUUACUAUUUCUUUACAGUUUUUUAA